GUCGGGUGCUUAACUUAACGGUGCUGUGACGGAAAGACAGUCUCUGCAAACGGCGUUUCUUUUCUUGCUUUUGGCCCUAUCAAAUCAUGAGCAGCACAAGAACUAGAACACUAUCUCAGAGAGUGAAAGAGAAGGUUACCAAUUAACCCACACUUUACCAAUUAUUCACUCACUCACUCACUGUUGCAGCAACGCCAUUGUGUGAAAUCAAUGUUUUGAGAUUUGUUGGGAACAAUGGGGAGCGUUUCGUCCGAAGAUGGUUCCGACCGUUGUGGGAGUUAUAGCCUCAGUGCUGAUGUCAGCGAGUCCGAGAGCUGCAGCAGCUUCUCCGCACGCCGCUUCGACGCCGAGGGAGCUUCCAGCUCCGCCAACCUCUCGCCGCGGCCCGUCGCUGCUCACUUUAACUUCCCGCCGGCACAGGUAAUGCUUCCCGUCAUUGGCGGCAAAGACGUCGUCGUUUGGGAUCACAAGCGUGACCUCGAUCUGUCGGAGCAACUGCAUUUUGCAGAAGUGGAAAUGAUGAAGGAGAGGUUUGCUAAGCUGCUUCUGGGAGAGGACAUGUCUGGAGGCGGAAAAGGGGUGUGUACUGCACUUGCAAUCUCCAAUGCAAUAACUAAUCUCUCUGCAACCGUUUUUGGCGAACUGUGGAGGUUGGAGCCGCUGGCGCCACAGAAGAAAACCAUGUGGCGUAGAGAAAUGGAGUGGCUGUUAUGUGUGAGUGAUUCCAUUGUGGAGUUAGUGCCAUCUGUGCAGCAGUUUCCUGGGGGUGGAACCUAUGAGGUGAUGGCCACGCGGCCUCGCUCGGAUUUGUAUAUCAAUCUUCCGGCUCUGAAGAAGCUUGAUGGGAUGCUGCUUAAUAUGCUUGAUGGGUUUCAUGACACACAGUUUUGGUAUGUUGACCGGGGAAUUAUAUUGGGUGAUUCCAAGGAUUGUGAUGCCUAUGGUAGACCUUCGGUUAGGCAAGAGGAGAAAUGGUGGCUUCCCUCUCCCAAGCUUCCCCCAAAUGGCUUGUCCGAGGAAAGUAGGAAAAGGUUGCAGCAGUGUAGGGAUUGCACCAAUCAGAUUCUAAAAGCUGCUGUUGCAAUUAAUACUUCUGUUCUUGCUGAAAUGGAAAUUCCCGGUGCCUACAUUGAGUCCUUGCCCAAGAAUGGAAAGGCUUGUCUAGGGGAUAUAAUCUAUCGAUACAUAACGGCAGACCAGUUCUCGCCUGAAUGUCUCCUUGAUUGCCUGGAUCUUUCAACAGAGCACCACACUCUGGAUAUAGCUAAUAGAAUUGAGGCUGCUAUACAUGUAUGGAGGCUGAAGGACCAUAAGAAACAUCUAAGUUCAGCAAAAUCCAGACGGUCUUGGGGUGGAAAGGUGAAGGGACUUGUUGCUGACGGUGAGAAGAACAAGAACAACUUUCUUGCCCAACGGGCUGAGACACUUCUAGAAAGCUUGAAACACAGAUUUCCAGGGCUCCCUCAGACUGCACUAGAUAUGGCCAAAAUUCAAUAUAAUAAGGAUGUUGGACAGUCUAUUCUUGAAAGUUAUUCAAGAGUGAUGGAGAGCUUGGCCUUUAACAUAAUGGCCAGGAUAGAUGAUGUCCUAUAUGUAGAUGAUAGCAUAAAGCGGUGUGCAGCUGCAGAUUCUCUCUCGUUGUUCAGCAGGGGAGGUUUUGGUGGCAUGCCCAUUCAGAAGCGAUUCUCUCCUAGUCCCUUCUCAAUUCAACACACCCCAUAUGCCUCCCCAUUUGCAACGCCAACAUUUUGUUCCUCCACUCCUGUUACUGGGAGCCCUUGCAGUCCUGCAAGGAUACAUGAUGUGAAAAGGAAUGCUCCAAAGGAGGGUGCAGAUUCGAAGACUGAAAAGUUGGCCACAUCUGAGUUUGAGAGGGUUUGGUCAUAUGCCGGAAACCUCAGUGCAAGAAGAGCAUCUGGCGAUGCUCCAGAAAGAGACUGAGUUCUACAGUUAGUAUGACUUGCAUCCAUAAGAUGGUCAUCUCUUGUCUUUUUAAUGUGGAUCUGGCUAAAGUCCUAGGUCCUGCUCCCUGUAUAUGUGGGUCUAAUUUUUGUAUAUUCUUAGGCAGAACUAGUAGGAUUAUGUUGAAUGAUCAUGCUAAUGGAUCAUUAGUUAAAAAUGUUUCCUCCCCAGUAUAAAUUUCUAGAGAUAGGCCAUGAUAUUGUUUUUUCUACAGAUGCCAAAUUUUCUAAGUUGAGUUCUGGACUACAUAACCCAUUCGAGAUUCA